AUGUUUCUCAAUCGCCAAUCCGACGGUCCCGCUAUGGCUCUCUCUCCUACCCAGGAACACGCCUUCGCUCAAUUCCCCUCCCAGUCGAUACUGGACUCGCCAAAUACCUUCCAUGGUUUCCCUACAAAUACCACCUCCAUCUUCGGCGCGAAUCAAGCCCAACAGCCAAUCUCAUCCUCUGGCUUCGCAGCUCAACCCGCAGCACCUAUACCGUCUCGCAAGAGGUCGCGUGAUGAAGCUUCAUUUGGAGAGGCCCUCGCCGCUCCCCCAGCUCCAGCUCCAGCUGUCGCCCCAGCUCCAAAGGUCGAACCCAUUUACGGUGAAGGAAUGGUCCUGCUAAAUCCUCAAACUGGCAUGGCUAUCUCCGCCGAAAGUCAAACCGGCACAUGGUACGAAGAAAAAGCCGAGUCGCAAGCUACCUCGGCGCCAAUCGCAUCGAGUGCACCUCAAUCCGACGCCGUAGACAUCAGCCGCAAAUCACAACGGCUUGAUGUCUCCGCCCCAGGCCUCGACGAUAUCGCCUACUCAUCGAUCCAGACCCGACUUGAUGGCCCUCAGGCUGAUCAGCACCGCACCCUUACCUCUGGGUCUACGCCACCCGCCGAACCUCUUAUUGACGAUGCCACCCGCCUCCUCGGCAUUAGCUGGCAACGUAUCGACACCGAUGAUGACAUGGCGCCUGCUGUCCGCGGCUGGACAAAGUACAUCGACAACCAAUAUGCCGCUUACCUGCGUGACUCGCAAAUGCUCAUGAAAAGCCGCGCUCUCAACGCCUACCUUGUCGCUGCCACUCCUCUCUCUUCAAUGGUACCUGCCUUUUACCUCUUCAAUGAAGACCUCACUCAAGCGCAACUCGUAGCCUUUUCAUGGGAGGCCUGCUUGCAUAACCUACGCAAUACCCCCAUUAUGUUUGAAGGUGCUCUUCCCAUCGCUGCGGCGAGCCGAUCCAACUCGCCUCAAUCCGCCAACCCAUUCACUACCACCGGAGACACCGGUGUACCUCUUCUUCAACAAGCUAUUUCAAGCCAUAUCAAUGCGUCCUCCAGUCCCGAUACAGGAGUGGGACUGAGUGGAAGCGUCGAAAUGGGAAUGGAGAUCGACUCAUAA